UCGGACAUUCAGUUCAGUUUAUAUCUGGGUGGAGGUGAAACAGUGUAAACGUAAUGAAAUCUCUAUUUUUUGUGAUUUUUCUGACGUUUUUAAAUUUGGGGGAACUAUCUUCAACCGAUGCAGAUUUGCAGCAGGAAAAUUCCAAUGAUAAAAAAGAAUGUAAUUCGUAUUGUUUUUGGGUUUUCAAACCCGUUCUCGACCAUUUUGUACAGCUAAAACAAGAAAGUGAUACAAACAAUGAACUAAAAGCCAAUAUAAAUACAAUGGAAAAAACUAUUCAGGAUCUGCAGAGUCGGUUGGCAAUUUCCGAGAGUAAAGUGAAGAGCAAAGAUGAGCAAAUCUCUGACCUAAAGAAUCAUAUCGAAUCGCUUAAGAAAACGAUAUCUGAAGGAUCCAAUCAGGAGGAAUUUUUGCCAGAGACAUGUCCCCUAACCGGUUCCAAUGGCAUUUACCAAAUAAAGCCGCGAGGCAUGGAAUCCUUUAAAGUGCCGUGUGUUGCACCUACUCCAGGAUGGACAGUGAUUCAGAGACGUUUUGACGGAUCCGAGAACUUCAAUCGAACCUGGGAAGACUACAAAAAUGGGUUUGGGGACAUAAAAGGCGAGUUUUUCAUUGGGCUAGAAAAAAUUCACAUACUAACCAGUAUGCAACCACACGCAUUGUACAUCAAGCUUGGGAAAGUUGAUGGGACCAAUAAAUACGCUAAAUACGAUGAUUUUAUUAUUGGUAGCGAAGAAGAGUCUUAUGAACUUAAAAUGUUAGGACGGUAUUCUGGUACAGCCGAAGAUUCGUUAAAAUAUCAUGAAAAAAGCAAGUUCAGCACAUUUGAUCGAGAUAAUGACGAGUCGGAUUCAAAUUGCGCUGAAAAUCACCCUGGAGGUUGGUGGUUCAAUAAAUGUGCAUAUAGUUCGCUUAAUGGAAUGUACUAUAAAAAUGGUACAAGAGAAAGCAAUGAAAAGUAUGGUAUUCUUUGGGGCUCCAUGCAUGAGUACGACUACAAUAUAUCGCUUACCUCUGUUGAAAUUCUGAUUAGGCCCAGAACCAUAUGAGCACAAAUGUUCAAUCUUUUAAACUUUAUUAUGAAAGAUAUACCAUAUAGACCUUUGAACAGGUUGUUUAAAUAAAUUUGCUCUAUUAAAAGAAAACUUUAAAAGUA